GCCACCUCUGGAGGCCAGGUUUAGCUACCACUUUACGCGAAAGAGACGCGUUCUUUGGAAGGGAGCGCGGGCAGGGCCAGCAAUUUCGAGCAGCCCCCUAGCAACGCCCCGCCUGGUUUACUUUCACCCCUCGAUCUGAUUACCGUACAGUACCUUAACCAGGUUCCAUAUCGGCAUCACUUUUGACCAAGUCGCUCAUUGUAACGACAAUACAAGGAACCGCCGACAUGGAUUCUUUUAUGCUUCAAGAUGAAGGCGUGCGCGACCGCAUACGUCAAGCGGAGGAAUUCCUUGAUCCCAAUGAUCCUCAAGUCCGAAGUUAUCGAUCCGAUAUUAUUCUUAUGCUACAGAAGAACCAGCGUCGAUUGACCGUUAAUCUCGAUCAUGUGCGCAACCACAGCCCGGACCUCGCACAGGGCCUGCUACAGCAACCCUUCGAUUUCACUCUGGCUUUUGAUCAGGCCCUGAAGAACAUCGUCCAAACCAUUCCGCAGGCGCGACCUGACCAAACCGCAAAAGACACCAUUUAUUAUUGUGCUUGGGCUGGCAGCUUUGGCUUGAACGCUUGCAAUCCCCGUACAUUAUCGUCUCACCUCCUCAACUACAUGGUCUCUAUCGAGGGCAUCGUGACUCGAUGUUCUCUCAUCCGCCCCAAGGUCGUGAAGAGUGUUCACUACAAUGAGAAGAAAGACAUGUUUCAUUUUCGCGAGUACCAGGAUCAGACCAUGACCAACGGUGUUACCACUUCAAGCGUCUACCCUCGCGAGGACGACGACGGUAACCCACUUAUUACAGAGUAUGGCUUCUGCACAUACCGAGACCAUCAGACCAUCUCCAUCCAGGAAAUGCCCGAGCGAGCACCUGCAGGGCAGCUCCCUCGCGGAGUGGAUGCCAUUCUUGACGACGACCUCGUCGACAGUGUGAAGCCCGGCGACCGAGUGCAGCUCGUCGGCAUUUAUCGAACGCUGGGCAACCGUAAUACCAACCACAACAGUGCUCUCUUCAAAACGAUGAUUCUGACGAACAAUGUUGUCUUAUUGUCUUCAAAGUCUGGAGGUGGUGUGGCGACUGCAACCAUUACCGAUACCGACAUUCGUAACAUCAACAAAGUGGCCAAGAAGAAGAAUCUUCUGGAGUUGCUCUCUCAAUCGCUUGCCCCCAGUAUUUACGGUCACGACUAUGUCAAGAAGGCCAUCUUACUCAUGCUUCUGGGUGGUAUGGAGAAGAACCUCGAAAACGGAACACAUCUGCGUGGAGAUAUCAACAUUCUGAUGGUCGGUGACCCGUCCACUGCUAAAUCUCAGCUGCUACGUUUCGUCCUCAAUACUGCACCGCUCGCGAUUGCGACAACUGGUCGUGGCUCCUCGGGUGUUGGUCUCACUGCAGCAGUAACUUCCGAUAAGGAGACGGGUGAGCGCCGACUGGAGGCCGGUGCCAUGGUCAUGGCUGAUCGUGGUGUCGUUUGUAUCGAUGAAUUCGAUAAGAUGUCAGACGUUGACAGAGUUGCGAUCCACGAAGUUAUGGAACAGCAGACUGUUACCAUCGCAAAAGCUGGCAUUCACACAUCGCUGAAUGCUCGCUGUAGUGUUGUUGCUGCUGCUAACCCUAUUUUUGGCCAAUAUGACCCUCACAAGGAUCCUCACAAGAACAUCGCACUACCUGACUCUCUGCUCUCACGUUUCGAUUUACUGUUUGUCGUCACAGAUGACAUCGAAGAUACGCGAGAUCGACAUGUGUCAGAACACGUCCUUCGUAUGCACCGAUAUCGCCAGCCAGGAACUGAAGAAGGCGCUCCUGUGCGUGAGCAAGGUGGGCAGUCCCUGGGGGUCUCCGCUUCAAAUCAAACUGAGUCCCAGGGGCCAACCGAAGUCUACCAAAAGUAUGAUGCAAUGCUACACUCUGGUGUCACUAUCACAUCUGGUCGGGGCUCAAACAAGAAGCCCGAAAUUCUUAGCAUCCCAUUCAUGAAGAAGUACAUCCAAUAUGCCAAGACGAGAAUCAAGCCCAUUCUGACACAAGAGGCUUCUGAUCGCAUCGCUGAUAUCUAUGUCGGUCUACGGAACGACGAGAUGGAGGGCAACCAGCGAAGGACCAGUCCUUUGACCGUCCGUACUCUGGAAACCAUCAUUCGUCUUGCCACAGCACAUGCCAAAUCCCGCUUGUCAAACAGGGUGGAGGAGCGUGAUGCGGCUGCUGCAGAGGGUAUCUUACGCUUCGCUCUUUUCAAGGAAGUUGUUGAAGAAUCGCGGAAGAAGCGGAGAAAGACUCAAACGGUUGACUUUGCAUCAUCUAGCGACGAGAGUUCCAGUGAUGACGAAGAUGACGAUGGUGGCAUUGCCAAUGCCACGCAAUCAAACAGGUCGACUUCGAGGGCUACACGCAACAGCAGUCGCCUCCAAGCGAGAGAAGCCAGUGACACUGCCCGGUCCAGCAGAGAACCUGAUGUUCCUGAGGAUGACUCGCAAAGCACAUUGCGACGAUCUAGCCGGCGAACACAAGACCAGUCACAAUCGCAGGCUUCAUUUGCAUCGUCAAUUCCAGCCUCUCAGCUACCAUCCUCGAACCAGCUAGAGUCGCAGGAUGGCGACGAGGACCUUGCCAGCGGUGCUGCUGCACUGGCAAUUGACGAUACUCCCAUCAGCUCUGAGCGACUGACAACCUUCCGAACAGCCCUUGGUCAGCUUCUCAACACAAACCUGUUUGAAGAUGACGCGGCCGAGCUGGACGCAGUCGUGGAGGCAGUGAAUAAAAAGAUUGGGAACCGUCGCGAUGCAUUUGAUAAAGGAGAGGCCACAAAGGCGCUCCAGAAAAUGGGAGAGGCAAACCAGAUUAUGUUCACAGAGGGAGAUCUUGUGUACAAGAUCUAAAUCUUGUAACGUGUCGGCAAUACGAGGCGAUCGACUGGCGUUGGGGAAAUUUUUUUUGGUGCAUCUAUUGGUAGGCUUGGUACUACUAUGAAGUUGAUAACGGCAUGGAUAACACGAGGUUGGUCGAGUUAUGUAGUUAAUGAUUGAUGCCAGGUGAAUAGAAUUCCGCAAGGCCUGUAACGGCCUCUCUCAAUAAUCGAGACUUUGAUUCUGGGAGCUAUGACCAAUUUGUGGACAAUAAGCCUACCUACCUACCUAUGGUUGAACUGAACCCAGAGGAGGAGGAAAAGGCUAGAAUAAGAGAAACUCAACCUUUCCCGCAGAUAUUGAGCCAAGCAUCAAUUGUCCAGGAUGUGCUAAACAAAGAGUCUUUGAUUGAAUUCAUGAGGUGCAUUUUUGAUCAGCAACCAUAAGUUUUGACAAUAUAUAUUCUGUUC